GCUGCGCAGGCGCGGCGGGCGCGCGGGAUGCGGGCGGCGGGAGCGCAUGGCAGGUGGCGGGAAGCGGAGGCCGCGCGGCGCGGCGGGACCGGCCGGAGAGCAGAGUGAAAAAAAUGGAGCUGUCAAGAAGAGAAGAUCAAACCAGGCAGAUAUUCCUGAUAGUCUUUGCCAAGAAGCCGAAACGUGCUAUCGGCUUAGACUGCCUGAGGACUUCUACCAGUUUUGGAAGUUUUGUGAGGAGCUAGAUCCUGAGAAACCAAGUGAUGCACUUGUGUCAAGUGUUGGACUUAAGCUGGUUGGACCAUAUGAUAUUCUUGCUGGAAAACACAAAAAAGCAAAAUCAACAGAUGUGAACUUCAAUCUUCAUUGGAGAUUCUUCUAUGAUCCCCCAGAAUUUCAGACUAUACUUGUUGGGGAUAGCAGAACACAGUAUCACAUGGGAUAUUUCAGGGAUGUGCCAGAUGAGCUGCCAGUGUGGGUUGGUGCAAAUGAAGCAAAGAAGGGUUGUGUGAUUUCACAAGUUGGUGAUAAUGUCUUUGCUGCAGUCAAAUUAUUUUUGUCAAAAAAACUUAAGGAAGUGGCUGAUAAAAAGAAAAAUGCUGUUUUGAAAGACGUAGAUGAAAAACUAACAAGAACAGCAAAAGAACUGGGUUAUUCUCUGGAACAAAAAACCCUGAAGAUGAAACAGAGAGAUAAGAAAGUGGUGACCAAAGCAUUUCAUGGAGCAGGUCUAGUCGUUCCUGUAGACAAAAAUGAUGUUGGAUACAGAGAACUUCCUGAAACAAAUGCUAAUCUUAAAAAAAUUUGCAAGGCCAUUGUUGAUGCUCCGACUGAUGAGGAGAGAGUGAAGGCCUUUGCACCCAUUCAAGAAAUGCUGACCUUUGUUCAGUUUGCUAAUGAUGAAUGUGAUUAUGGAAUGGGCUAUGAACUGGGCAUGGACCUAUUUUGCUACGGAUCACAUUACUUCCACAAGACGGUGGGCCAGCUGCUGCCCCUGGCUUACACCCUGCUGAAGAGGAACCUCUUUGCCGAAAUCAUCGAGCAGCACCUGGGCAGCCGGCGGGAGGAGGACCUGGAUCAGCUGGCGCCCUGAGCCGGGCACGGGGGCUGCAGCUGGGGGGCGGCCCUGCGCGCCCGGGACCGGGCUUGUCUGUGUGUCUGUGGGUCUUUUUGUACGCGGUGGCGGUGUUCCCUCGGUCAGUAAAGGUUUUCUAAGGAA